AUGCCUACCAACGUUUCCGACAACACCCUAGUCACUGACGCCGCUCUUCCGAUCAACCCCUCCAGUGCCCCAGAAUCCCAGAUGGCUUACAAAGAACGCUGCAAGGAGCUGAAGAGAAUUAUUUACCGUAAGAAGAAGAACAUCGACGCAAAACAUCGUGACUUCGAUAAGCUCCAGGACAGGAUCGUAACCGCGGAGAAGGUCAAGCCCGUCGACUCAGCAACCACAGACAAAUUGACAAAAGAGCUAGUUGAGCUUCAUGCGAACAUCGAAGGCAUGCUCGGUAUACACAACUUCUUCGUUAAGGAGUACCAGACACUUAUCGCUGAAAAGAGUGAGAGUGUGAAGGCAAACUUAUUCAACGAGAUGGGAGCAGUGAUAAGCGAGGCUGAGGGUGUGUACUCUGAUGAUGGAGACAGCCAGGAUGAGAAUGAUCAGGCGGUGUAA